ACCAGCGCGAUCUGAGCAGCCAUUGCGGAGCAGAGACAGGCGUUUCGGACUGGAUUGCAUUGACACGAUUAAAAGGCCACGGAACACGUAAAGGAGAGUCCGAACCCGGCACUGAUCUGUCCGUAGGCGUGGGGUCACUGGAGUCUCUGCUUCUCUAUCACCUGGAGUUGAGCUGUAGGUUUUCUUUUGGCAUCGAGGUGGUGGCAAUAGUUUUUCCUUCCUAACAUGACGGUUAAUCCCGAUUAUCUGCUGCUUUUAUUCACCACCACAUCUGGCGCAAGUGGGGACCAAUUAGGAUCAGAUGAAAAGGAAAUUAUACAGUUGUUUUGGCAAGUUGUGGAUUUAGCGACCAAACAGGCUGGUCAAGUAAACAAACUGCUUGUCAAACCGGAGCACAUUGAGCUCUCUGAGGAGUGUCAGGAGGUGUGUGGACUCACAGAGGAGGCCUUGACCAAUGCUGCUCCACUCGAGGAAGCCAUUGACCAGUUGAAUCAGCGGUUUUGUGCAGAGGUGGACACAAGUGCAGGGAACACCUUCUGCCUCUGUAUGGAUGGACAGCUGCACAUGCGUCAAGUCCUGCAUCCCGAGGCCUCCAGCAAGAAUAUUUUGUUGCCUGAGUGUUUUUUCUCAUUUUUUGAUCUGCGGAAAGAGUUUAAGAAAAAAAUCUCUUCAGAAGGGGAAUUGAAAGACUUGGAUCUUCAGGUCAUGGCUGACUAUCUGAAUGUUGUUGUAGAUUCAUCUCUUCAUGCUUUCACUGCUUACAAGGUUGAGCAGAUGUCAAAGAUUGUUUUAGCACUCCUCUCUGAGCCUGUUUGCCAUACAUUUUCUUGUCCUGAAAAAGUGAAUGACAAGUUUGAGACUGGGACCUGCAGUAAAAUGGAGAGGGUAGAUGAUAACACGGUGAUAAGAGCUCGAGGUCUUCCCUGGCAGUCCUCAGACCAGGACAUCGCUCGCUUCUUCAGGGGUCUCAACAUCGCCAAAGGAGGUGCUGCGUUGUGUCUGAAUGCUCAGGGCAGGAGAAAUGGAGAAGCACUGGUGCGAUUUGAGAGUGAAGAGCACAGGGAUCUGGCCCUGCAGAGACACAAGCAUCACAUGGGCACCAGAUACAUUGAGGUUUACAAGGCAACAGGUGAAGACUUUCUAAAGAUAGCAGGAGGUACCUCUAAUGAAGUGGCCAAUUUUCUCUCAAGAGAGAGUCAGGUUAUUAUACGCAUGCGUGGACUUCCGUUCACUGCCACUGCGGAGCAGGUGCUGCAGUUCUUCUCCCCGUCGUGCCCCGUGACUGAUGGCAGCGAAGGCAUUCUGUUUGUUCGCUUUCCCGAUGGCAGGCCCACUGGGGACGCUUUCGUCCUGUUUUCCUGUGAGGAGCAUGCUCAGAACGCGCUGAAGAAACACAAGGACAUCCUGGGCAAGAGAUACAUAGAGCUCUUCAAGAGCACUGCAGCUGAGGUGCAACAGGUACUGAACAGAUACUCAUCUGCCCCAUUAAUACCUGUGGCCCCCUCCCCCAUCUUAUCUGUGGUACCACCGCCCACAUACCUGCCCCCAACGGCCACCAUGACAGGUGUCCGGGACUGUGUGAGACUGAGGGGUCUGCCUUACGAUGCCACCAUCCAGGACAUAUUGGUUUUCCUUGGAGAAUACACAGCUGACAUAAAACCACAUGGAGUGCACAUGGUGCUUAACCAGCAGGGUCGUCCGUCGGGUGAUGCUUUUAUCCAGAUGCGUUCGGCCGAUCGGGCGUUCCUGGCAGCCCAGCGUUGCCACAAGCGCUGCAUGAAGGAGCGCUAUGUGGAGGUGUUUGCAUGUUCUGCUCAAGAGAUGAACAUCGUGCUGAUGGGGGGAACGCUCAACAGGAGCGGUCUCUCGCCGCCGCCAUGUAAGUUACGACGUUUAUCACCUCCAUCGUAUUCAUUUCCUCACGGGUCGGCUGUCCUUCCUGCUGGAGCUGUCCUUCCAGCAGGGGCGGUACUACCUGUGGACCCAGCAGCUAUCUACCCCUCCCAGUUCCUGCUAAGUCCCCGGGGCCUGGCCCCAACCACUGCGUUCUACCCUGGCAAUAACCCACUGUACAUGAACUACACCACCUAUUAUCCCAGCCCACCUGGCUCCCCCCCUAACAUCAGCUACUACUCUGCUGGCCACACCCCUUCAGUUGGCUCACUCCUCUCAGCCCCACCCACAGCACUGAUACGAAUGCAAGGUCAUGUCCCUUCCCAUGCUUACAACGGUGGAGUUAAAGAGAUCCUCAGCAUAGUACAUGGAUAUCAGCCCGGCAACAGUGAUGCCUUGGUAACUCUCCCCUCUGUGCUGUCGGCCAAGCAGCCUAUUGGAGACCAUACUGUAGGAGGCGGGGCCUAUCUUGACUUGCAGUUGCUUUAAGCCAAUUUAUUCACAAAGCCACACCCCUCUGGUGGAGCAUGGAUUCAACGAACCCCCUCAAAACCAAGCCGUUUAUGCCAUUCCUUAGAUUAGCUAUUUAUAUGAGAAUUAAAAAUAUAUAUAUGUAUUUUGACAUUAAUGUAUAUUGCACAUUGUUUUUUAUGCAUUAGAGCUAAUAUUCUUCUCAUACGGUCUCGUUGCUGAAGUCAAAUAUGUGUUAGUGAGAGUUUGUAUGUUUGUGUACAUACAUGCACAUGCAGUGAUGUUCACUCAGGAAAUAGCUGCUCAAACCAGGGUGUAAAAGAUUCUACCUGCUGAAUCCAGACAGACUUUCACUGAUACCAUAAAUUUAAGCCAAAGGACCAGAAACAUUUUUUGUACGUGUUUUAGUGUGUAUUUCCCUGUUGAUGUGACUCUACUAUGAGUAUGUGUAAAUAUGUGGAGGCCUUUAAUCUGAAGGUUAUAAAUUGCAUGAUGAAGUUCAAAGAGCUAUCUGUUUUAACAUGUUUACAAGAUUCGCCAAAUCCUUACACGACACUUGGAUAUCUAAUUGUCAGGUAAUUCUCACAAAACCUGUCAAGAAAAUUGCCUGGUCCUAUUUUAGUUUGAAAUAAAAACAAAAACAAAUAAGAAAUUGCAUUUAGUAUUUAGAAAAUAAAGACUAUUUUAAGGCCAAUAAGACAUUAUUUACACAUUUAUUAUAAGGCAGUUAUGCACAUUUUACCCCCAAAUACAAUGUGUAUGUGCAUA